AUUGUGAGAAAGGAAGAGGGUUUGUUUCCGUUUUGUUUGUGAAUUGUAAAGAAGGAAAUAAAACAUUUUGGGAAGGAUUUGAAGUGGGUUAUUGUUGUUUGUGGAUUUCUUCAUUGUUUUGCUCUAAAAAUGGAGAGAGAUUUUCUGGGUCUGAGCUCAAAAGAACCAUCAUUGGCUAUGAUGAAGGAAGAGAUGAAUAUUGAUAUUGGAAGCAAAGACACAGGUUUCACAAAUGGAGCAGUGGUAAAAUGGCCCUUCAUGAACAAAGUAUAUGUCCAUCCUCUUUUGAUGUCAUUCAAUCCUCCUCAGGUGAAUUCUGUGAACCAUCCUCAUGGUAUGAAGAUGUUUUCAGUUCCCAAUCAAGCAAUUUCAGUUUCCAUGGGACAUCCAUCCCUAAAGAAUCAUUUUGCAACUGUUGGUCAGAAUAUGAAUGUUGCUACUGUGAAGCAACCACUACUCGGAGGAAUACCUGUUACGGUGCCUCAUUCAGUUCAUCCCAUUGUUGGUGCUGUUGCUGGAAUGACUGAAACACGCGUGAAACCAUCCGUACCUGCUCCUAAACUUACAAUCUUCUAUGCGGGCACUGUGAAUGUCUUUGAAGAUAUCUCCCCUGAAAAGGCACAAGCUAUCAUGUUGUUGGCUGGGAAUGGCUUAUCAGCUGGUUCUAAUGAGGCAUCACCCAAUGUUCAGGCGCCCUGCUUGAAGUUGGCAGUAGGUGAUGGUGUGCCUGUUAGUCAACCCAUACCACCCUGCUCCGGUCUUUCAAGUCCUUCAUCUGUUUCUUCACAUACUGGUUCACCGUCAGGGAGUGGUUCAAGUAGCAAUGAUGAGUUUCUCGCAGCUAAAACAUCUGGAGGUACCACUUCCUCUGUUAACAAAGUGGAGACUCCGAAAGUAGUCAACACAACUACCAUGCUAACAUCAGCUGUGCCACAGGCUCGCAAGGCAUCAUUAGCUCGAUUUUUGGAGAAGCGCAAGGAAAGGGUGAUGAAUGCAGCACCAUAUAACCUCAACAAGAAGUCUGAGAAUGUGCCACAGCAGAAUACAAUGGUUUCUAACAUCACUGCAAGCGCAGGAGAUUACUUCAGAUAAAGAAUAUUUGUUGUAACUUGUAAGUUGUAAUAUAUUUAUGUUGCAUGCAUAUGAUUUUAUUUUAUUUAUCAGAACUUAUGCUGAGAUUCUUAAGUGUAAAACUAUGUUCAGUCCAUUGGUAGGUCCUUACCUUAAUUAUUUCUAGUGUAGGGGCUUUACCUUAUUACUUGAAAGUUGGAUUUUACCUUCCAACAGUAUAGCAUUAGCAUAUAGACCACUAUGUAACUGUAUCUGACAAUUUGUUACAUUGUGGAAAUUAAAAGCAAGUUUAGAUAUUUAUAUAUA